CGCAGCUGUGAGAGCGCAAAAAUAACUAGUUCGGGGACACAGACCCCCAGACAAAAAAAGUUCACAUGCUGGGCUGGACAGCACAUCACAGCACAGCACACCGAGGACCAAUAUAGCUAUAACGUUACGAGGAUUGGGCGUAGUCCAAAGACACCUAAAUCGGGCUUCAUUACAUCUUGAGGAGAAGAAGGUGCCUUCAAACCAAAAAUAGGUUUUGAUAGCCAAACGGCGAGAUACAUUGCUCAUAAUGGCCUCGGAAGAGCUUUAUGAGGUUGAGAAAAUUGUGGACAAACGGAAGAACAAGAAGGGAAAGAUGGAGUACCUGGUCCGCUGGAGGGGGUACGGAUACGAGGGGGACACCUGGGAGCCCGAGUCGCACCUCUCCGCCUGCAUGGAGUUCAUUCACCAUUUUAAUCAGUCACGCGGCGAAAGACCGAGAGACGGCAGUUUACUGCGCUCCACUCAAAGCUCUCCCAGCACGGCCCACAGCCACAGUUCGAGCAACAACGCCCGCAAACAGAUCUGCAGGCCUCAGCCACUCUGCGGCAAUAGUGGAGCAGGAGGCCACGCUCUAGUGAAACCCACCUCUUCGCCCACCACAGCAGCUACGGCCGUCUCCAAACGGCCGCAGCAACCACAGUUGCCACCACUUGACUCUAGCCUGGCAAAUUCCAAAACGGACACACAGCAGCUUAUCUUGGGCCAAAAGUACAGUGAUUGCACUACCUGUGCCAUUUCUAGUCUAAGCUUCACAAGUGGGCCCGCUGCUUCUCCAGUGGGCACGGCGCGUCGGAGUAUGGACCUGGCCAAGUCCGGGAUCAAAAUCCUGGUUCCCAAAAGCCCCAUGAGCAGCUGGGUGGACUCUGAAGAGUCGCCCAGCGAGGCGGCCCACAGUCUGGAACAGGGGGGUCAGGAGCAGGACUCUGUGCCCCCAGAGGUGGCCCUGUUGGAAAAGCCUCUGGGGUUGCUGCUGGGGCCCGGGGAAGAAAGGGCACGCAUGGGGACUCGGCCCAGGACUCAAAGCCAAAUCCCAUUGAUCCCUCAGCCAGUCCCCGUAACACCCGCAUCCAUACGCACCCUCAAUGGGAAAGGUACAUCGACACUCAUGGAGGCUCUGGCAGCCAACGGGACGGCUAACCUGCAGAGCGCCGUGGCGCGGGUAACCGCUGUCUCCGGAGUGGCAGGGAAACGGCGCUUCGAAGAGCAGCGCUCGGUCUUCGACAAGCGCCUUCGGUUCAGCGUACGGCAGACGGAGAGUGCCUAUCGCUACAGGGACCUCGUCGUCAAGAAGCAGGACGGCUUCACCCACAUCCUGCUCUCCACCAAGACCUCGGAGAACAACUCACUCAACCCCAACGUGAUGAAGGAGAUACAGAGUGCCAUGGCCACAGCGGCAUCAGACGACAGUAAGCUGGUCCUACUGAGUGCCGUAGGCAGCUUCUUUUGCUUCGGCCUGGACUUCAUCUACUUCAUCAGGCGGCUCACCGACGACCGUAAGAAAGAGAGCAUCAAGAUGGCCGAGACCAUUAGGACAUUCGUGAACACUUUCAUCCAAUUCAAGAAGCCUAUCAUCGUAGCCUUGAACGGACCGGCGGUGGGCCUCGGAGCCUCCAUCCUCCCGCUGUGUGACGUGGUCUGGGCCAACGAGAGAGCCUGGUUCCAGACGCCGUACACCACCUACGGACAGACACCUGACGCCUGCGCCUCCGUCACCUUCCCUCGCAUCAUGGGCGUGGCCUCGGCCAAUGAGAUGCUGCUGAGUGGGAGGAAGCUGACGGCCCAGGAGGCCUGUGCUAAAGGGCUUGUCUCCCAGGUGCUGUGGCCCGGGACUUUCACUCAGGAGGUGAUGGUUCGCAUUAGGGAGCUAGUCUCUUGUAAUUCAGUUGUCCUGCGGGAGUCCAAAGCACUGGUCCGAAAUGCAAACCGGGCCGCCCUGGAGCAGGCCAACGAACGCGAGUGUGAGGCGCUGAAGAGAGUUUGGGGCUCCUCGCAGGGGAUGGACUCCAUCCUCCAAUAUCUGCAGAAGAAGAUAGAUGAGUUUUAAGGAAAGCAUGUGUCCCCCAUGUUCCCGAGCCCCAUUCAGUGGGGGAACCAGACAAACAGCACUGGGAGUGCAACCGGUUCAAUCUGCAAUCUGUGUGAUUAAUUGUAUGUGUGUGUGUGUGUGUGUGUGUGUGCCCAUUGAGACGUUGAUGCUGGACCUUUUUUUCUCCAGUAGCCCCAACAGCCCAACCCUGGUCCUCCAGUACCCCCCAACAUUGUUGCCCAACCCUGGUCCUCCAGUACCCCCAACAGUACACAUUUUUAUUGUAACCCUAGACAAGCACACUUGAUUCGACUUGUAAACAAAUCAUCAAGCCCUCAAUGAGUUGAAUGAGGUAUGCUUGUCAAGGACUACAAUAAAACUGUACUGUUGAAGGUACUGGAGGACCAGGGUUGGGCAACAAUGUUGGGGGGUACUGGAGGACCAGGGUUGGGCUGUUGGGGCUACUGGAGAACCAGGGUUGGGCUGUUGGGGCUACUGGAGAACCAGGGUUGGGCAACAAUGUUGGGGGCUACUGGAGGACCAGGGUUGGGCUGUUGGGGCUACUGGAGAACCAGAGUUGGGCUUUUGGGGCUACUGGAGAACCAGGGUUGGGCAACAAUGUUGGGGGGUACUGGAGGACCAGGGUUGGGCUGUUGAAGGUACUGGAGGACCAGGGUUAGGAAACACUGUUGGGGCUACUGGAGGACCAGAGUUGGGAAACACUGCUCUACCCAAUAGCCCUGGCCCGCCCAAAAUACCAUUCCACAUUAUAGGUUCAACUAAACGUGGCCUAGAUUGAAAGGGAUGGAGGGAUUGGAGGAGGUGAAGACAUUGAUGAAUACACAAAGUUUCUUGCAUAGUGGGGUGUUUGUCCUACUCACCUCAGGAUUGAUUUGGAUGGGAUGUUGUAUCAACAUGGAUCAGAAUUUAUGACACAACAAAAGUUCACAUUGAAAACUUUGACAAAAACCUAGGCGACUUUCCAUUGUGGAGCCUGCAAUAAGAUGUAACUCUCUGAACUCUUGGGAAAACAGCGCCGCCCAGUGGAUGGGAGGCUUAUUGGAUUCUCCACAUUGACCCCUGUCAAGCUUUCCAUUCAAAACAGGACCUAUUGCUAUUUGAACUGAAUGGAGGCCGGGAUUAAAUUGAAAAGGUGCGUUGUCGAGAAGUGUACUGCACUUAACUUAAAAAGGUCAUUUUAAGCUUGAGCCGUCAUCUGUAGCGUUCACCAUGAAUGCCAUCUUCGAACGUCAGGGUAACGGCCUUUUAAAAGACUCAUUGUCAACAGUGCAGUGCCUUAUGAACAGCACGCCUUUGAUUGAAUCCAGAACAGAGUAUGUCAGAUUAAUUUUUAACACUGUAUUUUUACUUUUUGUCUAACUGAUAUCAUCUGUAGAUGAUAUUUCACCCAGGUCAUCUUUUUGUUGUUUUAUUUGGCUUGGGGGACUGGAUUUUCCACCAAACAGUUUCUAUAGUAAACAGAAUUGUUUUUGUUUUAAGUUAAGACUUUAUUACAAUUUAAUUUAAUAUUCUGCAACUCCUGAUUUAUUCCAUCCAUGAAACAUACACGCAAAGGAGAGACAAUUACAAGAUUCUGAUACAAUGAAUGCAGUUGUGACGAGGCUAGGGUACACAGUUCGAGGCUCCGUUGUGACGAGGCUAAGGUACACGGUUUAAGGCUCAGUUGUGACGAGGCUAAGGUACACGGUUCAAGGCUCAGUUGUGAUGAGGCUAGGGUACACGGUUCAAGGCUCAGUUGUGACGAGGCUAGCGUACACGGUUCAAGGCUCAGUUGUGACGAGGCUAGGGUACACGGUUCAAGGCUCAUUUGUGACGAGGCUAGGGUACACGGUUCAAGGCUCAGUUGUGACGAGGCUAGGGUACGCGGUUCAAGGCUCAGUUGUGACGAGGCUAGGCUAGGGUACUAGCUAAAAGCAGUGCCUUGUUCUUUACUCCCAUUUUCUAAUGUCAAAAUGUGUGUUCUGAUCUGAAGCGAUUAUCAGUGAGAAUAGCCUUUAAUCUCACCACUCAGUACCAUGGAUAUAGGACUUUUGCAGCUUCAGCAUAUCUCACCUUGUUUUUUUGUUGUUGCAUUGAGCAAAGGAUACUACUAAAAUGCUGUGGAGGCAUUCUAUUUACAUUAGUCAUAGCCCUGGGGGGAAAAAAAGAUGUACAGCUUUUUGAGUUUGUAAAACAAAACCGUUAUUCGCCUACAGUUUGUUUGUAUUUGUCUUUUUAUAUAUGAAUUCUGACUUGGCCAAUGUUUUUGUGGCCUCACCAAUCAUUUGGCCAUAUUCCUUGUUUCACUGGAUUUAUAAAAGUAGCAGAGCUCGGGGUAACAGAUGUCAUCGCAAUAUCCCGAUAUCUGGACAACUGCUGUUACCUUCAACCUAUUUCGAUAAAGAAUUAUGGAAAAUGUCAUUAUUUAUAUUGUCUAUGAAUAUUUAAAUGUUUAAAGUGGAGAUGGUUUGGACAAAAGUAGUGUCUGUUUUUGAGUCAUUGCUCAUGGGUUUGUUUCACAGUUUGAUUUUAUUUUAUUGAAAAGUGAAGUAUCUUCUCGGGGCAGUCUACUUCGUGGACAUAGUAUGAUUUUUAGUUAUCACUUUCAGUUUUGGCCUUCGCGCAUAGAUGUAUAAAAUUGUUAGCGCCGCAACUGCACCAGUCGGCUUGUUUUAUUAGCAUAUUUUUUUUCUUCUAGAAGGGAUAGAAGUCAGUAUUUCGGUUGGGAUUUUCUGUAAGCAAAGGUGAAGAGGUAUUGCGUAUCAAUAAGGCGAUGCUCUUUCAUAAAAACAUGUCCUUUUUGCUUAGUUUUCCCAAAUUAUGCCUGAAGCAUGUCAUACCUCGAGUGCUCCAGAGUGGCGCAGCGGGUCUAAGGCACUGCAUCUCAGUGCUGGAGGCGUCACUACAGACCCUGGUUUGAUUCCAGGCUGUAUCACACAACUGGCCAUGAUUGGGAGUCCCAUAGGGCGGCGCAGAAUUGGCCCAGCGUCGUCCUGGUUUGGCCCUGUUAGGCUGUCAUUGUAAAUAAGAAUUUGUUCUUAACUGACUUGCCUAGUUAAAUAAAGAUGUUUUUUUUUUUAACGUACUUCCAUGUUUCACUGAAUGCUGAUUUAUAAAUAUUAGCAGGCGCCUUCAACACUUGGACCACAGCUUAGUUAAUGUAAUGUCCUCCACGUUUUUCUCAUUGAAGAAAUGUACUGUAUUUAAAAAAAUAUAUAAUUUGUAGUGUGUUAACACAGCAUGAUGAUGAGGCUUGUCUAGUGUACACAGAAUUCACUCAUUCUGUUGAAAGAUUCCAAGAAGCGUUGUUGAAAUUGACUGCAUUUUUGUACAGCAACGAAAUUAAUUUAAAAGUACGAAAUCCCAUAAUCCUCACCCUUCUGAAGAACUGUGUGAACUGCCUUGACUCAAAUCCUGGUACAGCAUGUUUGCAUACAUGUGACCUAUUUUGUAGUUGAACUUAUAUAAAUAUACAUGCUGUACAAUCCGAA